AUGAUUAUGAUGUGAACCCAGUUGAAUGAAUUAGUGUUUGUGUAAAUGAUUUUGAAACAAAGAAUUUUACAACGCGAAAUAGAUGAAGCUCGGUGGAGAUUCAUUGUUUAACAUUACUAAUGAGUACGGAAGAGACUCUGUUGAAUCUCGAUUUCGACAAACCAAGCACAACAGUUACGCCUCCUGAUGACGGCGUGGUAUCUCUAUCCAGUAGUGCGGAAGACAUUUGUUUAGUACCAGAGGUCGGGUUCGAAGGCAACGUGGAUUCUCCAGGCCUAAACCGUGAGUCGCAGCCGCUCCUGAGCGGCCGCGGCGACUUUGAUGUCUCUUUCAACCAUUUUCCAGAUGAUCCCGAGUUCAGCGAGCUGGUGUGGCAAGCGGAAGUGGCCAUCGACAAUGGCAUCUUCCCAGAGAGAAUAUACCAGGGCUCGAGCGGCUCGUAUUUCGUCAAAAACCCCGGCGGUAAAAUAAUAGGCGUGUUCAAGCCGAAGGAUGAAGAGCCGUAUGGUAGAUUGAAUCCGAAGUGGACUAAAUGGAUGCACAAGUUGUGCUGCCCGUGCUGUUUCGGGAGGUCGUGCCUCAUUCCUAACCAGGGCUACUUGUCGGAGGCCGGCGCAAGCCUGGUCGACUCCAAGAUUGGCCUCAAAAUUGUGCCGAAGACCAAGGUGGUGAAACUUGUGUCAGAGACAUUCAACUACCUACGGAUAGAUCGGGAAAGGUCACGGCUAAAACGCGCCAUCACCGAACAGUUUCCGAACCUUCGCUUCAAUAGAAUGGGACUUCCACCUAAGGUGGGUUCAUUCCAGUUAUUCGUAGAAGGCUACAAAGAUGCGGACUACUGGUUGCGGAGGUUCGAACAGGACCCCCCACCUCCGCACGUUAUGAAGAAAUUCCAGUUGCAAUUCGAACGGCUGGUGGUCCUGGACUACAUAAUCCGCAACACGGACCGCGGUAACGACAACUGGCUCAUAAAGUACGAUACGCCCAGCAAGGACGUACUCAACAUGACAGAACCCACCGAGUGGUCGGGAAAUGUGGAUAUACGAAUCGCGGCGAUAGACAACGGGCUGGCCUUCCCCUUCAAGCACCCGGACUCGUGGCGAGCUUACCCCUACCACUGGGCCUGGCUGCCGCAGGCCAAGCUCCCCUUCAGCCAGGAGACCAAGGAAUUGGUCCUUCCACUGCUGUCCGACAUGAAUUUUGUUCAAGAACUCUGUGAAGAAUUACGUAUACUAUUUAAGCAAGACAAAGGGUUCGACAAGGGGCUGUUCGAGCGGCAGAUGUCGGUGAUGCGCGGGCAGCUGCUGAACCUGACGCAGGCGCUCAAGGACAGCAAGAGCCCCGUGCAGCUCGUGCAGAUGCCGGCCGUCAUCGUCGAGAGGUCCAAAAAUGGCACGACAUCGUCUCGGUUCUUCGAUUCGUUCCAACAACGCUUCCAACACAAGUCGCCGUUCUUCUCGUGGUGGUGAACUGUAUCUUGACUUGUGGCAACAAACAACCGUGAUAACUCCUAGUGACGCUGAAGUAUAUAUAGUAAAAUAAUUACACCGAAGGGAAUCGCCGUUCCAUCACCCCCACAUGUCCCACACGCCCGGCACACCACAACAUAAUCGAACGAUGCUCGCAACCAAUAAACUCGCAGCGAGCCCGCGUGGGAGAUCACCAACUGUGCAACCACCACCGUGGGAAUAUUAGAUGAGUAUCUGGCAACCGAAAAGCAUUCGAUUUAAUCACGGCAAAGAAGAGCUCUAGAUAAAAAGAAAGAUGAAAAGCAAAAUAGUGCCCAAAUAGUGCUCCCUAUAGUAUAGUCAUAGUUAGUGUAAAUAGUGUAACUGCUGCGAUCAUCGUAUAUAGUAUUAUAAAUAGUUUCUUAGUUUGGUAUAAUUAUUUCAAUAGAACAGUCCCUUAGCUUAGAGUUCGUAAACUAGUUAGAUACGCAAACAGUAAACUUGACACGGUCUACUCAGUGGCGUAGCAUGCCUUAAACGGGUCCUGUAUCAAAAUUUAUUGGGGGGCCCAAAAGAGUAAAGAUUUUUCACAAAAGGAACAAAAACGCUCGCAUUGAAUUAAAUAAAUAUAUAUUGAUUAUAAGUUAUACUUUCAAUGAAUACUCGUAGAAACUAAACUAGCCAAACAAUUAAAAUCAAAUAUGUAUAAACUUUUCUUGCCUUUUGUUCGGCGCACUUAUUUAUUACUAGCUGUGCCCCGCAGUUUUACCCGCGUAUAUCACACUUUUGAGCCGCGCGACAUGACACCUCGCUUAAAAUUAAAGUUAUAGCCAUAUAGUAGGUCGAAAAGUUUCUGGCCUGAACUAAAAAAUGAAGGAUAAAUCUCAAAGCACUAUAAUUAUUUCUAGAUAUAACCUCCCUUUAUUUCCAUUCACUUUUCACAGCACUUUACCAACUUUUCUAUACACUUAAAAAAUAGUUUCUGCAUUUUUACCCUUAAAAUGUGAACAAAACUGCUGACUUCACCUCAUCAUCACUGUUAAUUUUUUUUUUGCGUGAGUCCGAUUUCGAUUUUAGAAUAAAUAAUAUAAUAGGGACCAAGUCUUUAUUUGGCUUUAUUGUGGAUGGUCGAGCUCAGUUAAACCCUAUUCCUUAAUGUCACAUCCAAUGUGUGGACCGGAGCAUUGUCAUGAAGUAACAGCCCUCCUCCCGACAAUCAUUUCUCUCGGUGAUUUUCUUUAAGAGCAUCUCGCAAUUGAUGUAGCAAAGAAGCAUAGUAAUCGCCUCUUACUGGUGUGGUGCGUACUUUAAAAUCCACCAGUAAAAUUCCUUCGGAAUCCAAAAAGAUUCCCGCUAUAAUCUUUUUCUGAGAUUAAGUCAUCUUUGCUUUUUUGCCCGAAUUAAGCUUGGACGACGCCAUUCCAUUGAUUCCUUUUUUGAGGAUCAUGAUAAAGAACCAUGGUUUUAUCCCCGUAACAGUUGAAUCCAAAACUUCUUUCUGUCGGCCUUCACAAAGAGAUAAAACUGAGUACAGCACUUCACUCGUUAUUGUUUUUGAAUAGAGAUUUUUUUGUGGGUAGCCAAUAAAAAGUCCGGUAGUUUAAUGACAUUGAAGUUUUGUAUCUUUGAUUAAUCUAAUGUGGGUAGGCCAGAAACUUUUGGACCUUACCUAAUACGGGACGUACUGCUGGUCACAGCCCUCCUCUCUUUUCUUAAAGGGUUUUGUUGGCAAGGAAGUGUCUGCCGCCAGCCUCAAUGCGUGCUUGCGGACUUCUCAUGUCUUCGAACUAUUUUUUUAAUUUCUCAGACAUACAGAUUUCCUCACGAUGUUUUCCCUCAGCGCCCAGCAAGUGGUAAAUGUAAUGGCACGUGGACACCUCGCUUAGCUCCACCGCACAUGCUCGCAUAGUAUAGCGUAUUAAACUUAUAGCGUUAUAUACGAGCUCCACAUUUGCUCUCGUGUCGACGCAGCCAUGUACAUGAGAGUACACAUGCGUGUCGUGCGAGUGGAUAUCUGAGACACAUUUUUUGAGUAGCAGAGGCGUGUGUGUCUAUAAACUAAUACCAAACUUCAGAUCUGACGCCUCCAUCUUCCUUGGUUCGCAUUGACGAACUGUUGCACGACUCGUGUCCGCAAAUGCGGACUCAUACAUGUCGACCAAUAUUAGUGAAACAUCAGCACAGUAUCGUGAACGAGUGAGAGUGUGAGCAUAUACGGCGGGCUUUACCGGUGUUCACUGCUAAUUUCUCUCGGUUCUCAUCGGUCGGCUAGGCUUGUGCGUCGUUCGUGCCGAGCUGAGUGUUGAAUUAUUUUAAUUUUUCGUUAUUUCUUAAACUACGCGACCAAAUAAUAUGCUAUAAGGAGCAAAGUUUAUCUCGAUAAAAUUUUCUUGAUGAAUUAGUAACUUUCGUUCGUAAGGAUUAAUAUGCCAUGACUAAUAAUAACGCUCAUAAAUCACUUUUUAGUUUUCAAUGAUUUUUGUCACAAAAUGUCUUAUUGUGGCUUAUGUAUAAGAGAUAUUUUUUUUUGAAAUAUGGAAGGAUGGUCUAUACUUUUGUAGAACAUUGCAUUCACGUAUCACUAACCAUUACGCCAGCGCACGCUGAUUAAGCUGUUCGAGAGCGCUUUUUCUUCUGACUAAAAAAUUGAGAAAUCAAUUUUUGAGGUGUAGCCUAAUGCUAGAUAGCCAAUAUGAUGGUUUUUUUAUAGGAUAGGGUGACAAACGAGCACACAGUCCACCUGAUGGUAAGUGGUUGCUGUAACCCAUAGACAUCUACAUUUAUCCUCAAUAAAGAAUCAAAAUGCAGAUGCGUCGUUACCCGUGAGGACUAAGAAGGAAAUGCCUCUUUUUCAGUAAAAUGGGUCUACGGUUCUCUACACUUAACAUACGAAACACAGCAGUUUCAAACUAAUAUUUUACGCUGGUAUUCUGUGAGAUCGUAGUCCUUCCCCGGUCGAGCCCACCCAUUCGUGCUACAACUAUACUACUAAUAUAGCUGCAGCAUGGCUCUACCAUGUACAGAGUUCCAGAGAUUAGCGUGUUUAAACAAACAAAAAAAAAACUCUUUCGCUUUAUUGAAUUAGUAUAGAUAUCAUAUCACAUAGCUUAAGACGAUUUCAGUUAUUCUAAAUUUUCUGCCUCUAUAGACAAUAGUGAUAAGUCUGAUAACCUCUCCUGUCCCAUUAGAAGUCCUUAGAAUGUUUACUUAUAUACACACGUUCGAGGCCCCUGUAGGCUGGGUGGUUAAUACGGCGGUAGCCAUGCCCCUGGGUCUACUCUACAUUCAGUUUUAUAGUCUACUUGCUCCCCCGUCCUUUUCAAGUGAGUUACUGUUAUGACAUAGUUAUAUGAUCUGCUAAGUAAAGUUGAAUAGAAAUGACGGUCAUACUUACAUGUUUCCUUCAUUCUUUUCAUGAAAUUGUUUAUCCGAAUGGGAAUAUUAUACAUAAUUAAAUUUAACAAUCGAAAACUGAAAUCUAUAAAAAGAAAGUGUCACGAAAACAUUUCAAUUUAGAAUAGAAUAGAAUAAUUUUUAUUCAAUAUAAAUUACAGUACAUAAUACUUAUUGAAAGUCAUUUUUUACUUUUACAAUUUUUUUUUGUUUUGGCAGUGCAACACUUGAAAUAUGUUUUUACUUGUAGUUAUAAAAAUGAUAAUGUUCAAUAAAUAUUUUUAACUUAUAUGUAUCUACAUAAUGUUAAUAAAUGAUAAUGAGUAUUAU